CUUGUUCCGUACAACGUCAUCUGUCUACGACGCUACGGAAGUGUGAGGUGGCACCGUAGCAGCUCGUUAGCUAGCAUACCUAGCAUACCUAGCUCCGACAUGUCUGCCAUAUUUAACUUCCAGAGCCUGUUGACAGUGAUCCUACUGCUCAUCUGUACCUGUGCCUACCUCAGAGCCAUGGCCCCUAGUCUCCUGGACAAGAACAAGACCGGGUUCUUGGGUAUCUUUUGGAAAUGUUCCAGAAUAGGUGAGAGGAAGAGUCCGUACGUGGUUUGUUGUGUCAUCAUGGCCCUCUCCAUCCUCUUCUCGAUAACAGCUCGCCCUUCCCCGCACGCUAAGCACUGUGGGAUUUCCGAGGGAAGACUGAAGAUGGCAGCAGUAUGAGACCGCGAUCACGAGAGGAGGCCUGCAUGGACACAGCUGUCGUCUUCCCCCCCC